UAGUCCGCUUAGUAAUGGAGGAUAGGCAUCGUUUUGCGUUGUACAAAAUUUUACGUGUAUAAUUAACUUUGCUCCAAAAAUUUAUAUGUAGCGCGAUUAGAAGAAUGUGUACACAAAGUAAACGCUGACUUGCGAGUAAUACAAUGAUUAAUAAUUAGAGCAAUGAUAAGAGCAAACAGUGUACAAACAAAAAAUCUAACCUGAACAAUGUGUUGACUUUUAUUACUCUUCCGGCGAUAGUUUCAACGUUAACGAAGAUGCUAAUAAGCACGAAUUAAUAUACCGGAUUUCUUGUAAUUUGAAUAAAAAAUAACAAAUGUUGACACUAUUUCUCUAAUGAUAAAAAAGAGCUACAUAUGAAUUUUAUGUAAGGCACCACCCAGAUGCAGUUGCAAUAUUAAACAAUGUUUCGAAGUCGAAGUUGGUUUGGAGGAGGGCUCUGGAAGCCCAAAAAUCCUCAUUCUUUGGAGCACCUUAAAUAUCUGUACAAUGUUUUAUCAAAGAACCAGAUUGUGUCUGAAAACAAUAGAGGAUUAUUGGUAGAAACCCUCCGUUCUAUAGCUGAAAUUUUAAUAUGGGGUGACCAAAACGAUAGUAGCGUGUUCGACUUCUUUUUGGAGAAAAAUAUGCUUUCGUUCUUCCUGCGUAUUAUGAAACAAAAAUGCGGAAGCUAUGUAUGUGUUCAGUUGCUACAAACAUUAAAUAUAUUGUUUGAAAAUAUACGUAAUGAGACCUCUUUGUAUUACUUACUUAGCAACAAUCACGUAAACAGUAUAAUAGUGCACAAAUUCGACUUCAGCGAUGAGGAAGUGAUGGCAUAUUAUAUCAGUUUCUUAAAAACUUUAAGCUUGAAGUUAAAUGCGCAUACCAUUCAUUUCUUCUAUAAUGAGGUAAACGAGCACACCAAUGAUUUUCCAUUGUAUACGGAGGCAAUUAAAUUUUUUAACCACUCCGAAGGUAUGGUUCGUAUAGCAGUGCGAACCUUAACUUUAAAUGUGUAUCGUGUAGAAGAUGCCUCCAUGCUCGCAUUUAUAAGAGAUCGCACUGCAGCACCUUAUUUCAGUAAUCUUGUAUGGUUUAUUGGUAAUCACAUUAUAGAGCUUGACACUUGUGUCAGAAAUGAUGCUGACCAUCAGAGUCAAAACAGAUUAUCGGAUUUAGUAGCAGAGCAUUUAGAUCAUUUACAUUAUUUAAAUGAUAUACUAUGUUUAAAUAUAUCCGACUUGAAUAAAGUUUUGUCGGAUCACUUGCUUCAUAAAUUGUUAGUCCCGCUGUACGUUUAUUCGCUCAUGAGACAUAAGAAUCUUUUGUGCCAAAAUCAGGAAGAGCGAAAGCAUGUAAGCAUUGUAGUAGCUCUAUUUCUACUUUCUCAAGUGUUUCUAAUAGUUUCUCACGGACCUCUUGUACAUACGCUAGCAGCAGUAAUGUUACUAUCAGAUUUAGAAACUAUUGAAACAGGUGCAAGCAAAGUGCUUGAACUAUAUGGUGAUAUUACAUCAAACAAAUCAAUUGCUUUCUCACCGCCGAAAGAGAGUUUAGAGAAGUCUCUUGAAAAUUUAAGCGAGUCCUUGAGCAUAUUGGAUGAAGUUUGCGAAGACGAAAGUAACGAUAAUACCGAAAACGAGGCUACGGAAAUAACAGAAAUAAAUCAACCUAGUACAUCAUUUAAUACUGCUUCAAUGGGAGAUGCUACUGUACAAAGUCCGGAACAACUAGACGUUCCGAGUAAAGAUUUAGAAGAAAUCAAACAUUUAAAUGUAACCGAUGAAGAGAAAGAACAAAGAUUGGCACUGGAAAGCCCUUUAACACCUCAGACGCCAAAAAAUGUAAAUGAAUCAUUGCCAAAUAAACCAUUUUUAGAAACAAUCCUAAAUUCUUUAUCUUGCACAGAAAAUGAUUAUGCUGCAUUAUUUGGUUUAUGUUUACUUUAUGCUCUAGCUAAUAAUCAGGGCAUAGAACAUAAAACUUUGGACCCAAUUUUAUUCAGUUCACGAAACGCUACAAGUUUAUAUAACGAAAUUUUAAUAGAUAGACUAAUCAACAUUAUAACAUUAAGUUGCCAAACAAAUGCAAAAGUGAGGCUCAUUACACUGGAAUUGACGAUUAAACUGUUAAUACAAUUAAUAAUGGCGGAAGGACAAACUAUGUUAAAAGAUUCACAUUUGGCAGCCGUUGAAGCAGUCAAAGAACAAAGCACGUCAUUGUUAAAGAAUUUUUAUAAGAGCGAAGACAUAUUCUUAGACAUGUUUGAGGACGAAUACAGUGAAAUUCAGAAACGACCUUUAAACGUCGAGUGGUUAAUGAUGGACAGUAAUAUUUUAUUACCGCCAACUGGAACUCCGAUGACGGGCAUUGAAUUUACCAAAAGAUUACCAUGUGGCGAAGUGGAACGGGCACGACGUGCUAUAAGAGUAUUUUUUUUAAUAAGAGAACUUUCUUUGACAUUGAAUAUGGAAGUGGAAACACAGCUGCCUCUGACAAAUCCAGCCCAUUGUGUUCAAGUCGACAAUGUUCUUGAUCUAAAUAACAGCGACUUGAUUGCAUGCACGGUUGUAUGGAAAGACGGUCAAAAAAUUCGCCGUUUCCUGGUUAUCGAUGUUAUGCAAUUAAUUCUUGUCGAACCCGAUACUAGCAAGCUCGGUUGGGGAGUGGCAAAAUUGGUGGGCUUUCUGCAAGAUAUCGAAGUCGCGGGUGACAAAGACGACACUAGAUGUUUACAUUUAACAAUUUAUAAACCUCUAAGUAGCAGUACCGGUAAUCGUGUUCCCUUAUUGUCGACAAACUUUAUCUUUGACGAUCAUAUUAGAUGUAUGGCUGCUAAACAAAGGCUAACGAAAGGAAGGAUAAAAGCACGACAAAAGAAAAUGAAUCAAAUUGCAAGAUUACUCGACAUUCCUACAAGCAUGCCUCACUCUUCAACCCCGCCAAAUUAUGCUCUACGUGGUUUACGACACGAACGUAUAUUGGGACGUGGACAAAGACAGAAAGAUCAACCGCGACCAAUGUUUACAGUAAACAAAGUACCUGGAUUCGCGGCACAAAUGCGUCGAGAAAAUAUUGCUAAACCUACCAUGGGUCUGGCGUUAUCAAUAUCUAAACGUAGUAGCGAUAAUAGCUCGAACGAGAAGAGUCAAGAAAACGGUUUGCGAUCUCGAGAUAGUUCACCUAAAAUGCCAAGGCCCCGAAGCGAAGAAAUUCCUUUGGAAGACAUGCGCCUUCGAAAAGCGUCUUUAACGUCAAACGGGAUGAGCAUAUCGCACAUAUGCCAAGAGACGAAAGAAAGUCAAAUUUCUGCCUGUUCGACUAAUGGCGAAUCAUCGACUGUGAUCAGAAAACAUUCUGAAGAAACGUCGUUCACCUGCCCGCAAGAAGUGAAACCGCGCAGGAAAGGACAAGUGGAAACAGUAUGAUUGUAAAAAUAGAUUCUAAAAACAAGGAAUGCGUAGGUAGUUUAAAUUAAAAAUGUGUUUAGAUAAUUUAAGAAAGAAGCGGAAAUGUAUAUGUGGUCUUGUGUUAAUGGAAAGUCUUUGAUUUGUGAAAUAAAGGGUUUUUACUAUAAGUAUUUUCUAAUCUAUGAUCCGGAGAAAUCUCAUGUUUCAUAAUUUUUUUAAUAGAGAAGUUAACACCUUAGACUAAAUCUUGCAAAGGUAUAUUAUAUUCGGUGAAAGGCCAGGCAUUGACGAAACUAGGUUUCUUUUGUUCUUUUAUGCUAUAUAACGCAUAAGUAUUUUGUAUAUACAUUUUCAUCUAACAUAUAUAUACUAUAUAUAUAUGUAUAUUGGAAGUUUUUGUUGGUUAGACAUUACAAAUAACUUCUCACUAGCAAUUAU